UUCGCUCAGUAUACGAAAUGAAGAUGUUCAUAGGAGGAGAAAGUGGGGUUUAAAGCCUAGUGAAAAACGGCAGACAUCUUUGUCUUCUUGUGUUUUAUAAAAACACCAACUGUUGUCAUCUGACUGCAGUAUCAUACCCUAUUUGGCAUGGUUCGCUGUUUGACAUUCCGACAUGCAUGCAUUUUUGCAUCGCUUCUCCCUCCAUUAGCACUAAUAAUUUGUGUGAUAUUAUGUAUAUCAACGCAUUCAUGUAUUGCGACACAUUGUACGGAAUCUAAUAUUCUACCAUCACUGAGCGCCGCCGUGGGUGACGAUGAACCUCAAAAAACAAUAUGGUGUAUCUCAAUUUUCAGCAGCUCAGCUUGGAGAUUUGUGAUUUUAGUCAAUAGCUGUAUAAAUUUUUGGACGUUUUUCAACAUAAUUGGUGACGGAAAAUACCUAUGGCAUGCUGCUUUGCUGUGUUUUUCAAGUUCUGUUGAAAUAUUUGCUCUGAAUAUGCUUACCCUUUGGUCAUCGUCAACAAACUUUAUUCAGCAUCGCAACUCUUUUUGCAUCUUCGUCUUAUUUUCUGUGAUCUAUAUGACCACUGAUGUUUAUUUGUCGCAUCUGGUCAUGCAACUUCUUAAAAAUUCCCUCUUGUAUGUUUUGUUCUACAUAAAUUUUAGCCACAAUAGUAUUACCAAGAAUCAUUGGUUUAGUCAUGGGUUAAUGAAUACGUUUAUUAAAUAUUAAUGCUGUCCAUUAGGUUUCUGUUUCAGUGUCAAAAUGUCCGCUAACAUUAUCAGUAAACCGUUGAGUGCUUGUGUUGGUGAAAACCUGCCCAUCCCUAAGGAUGAAUCAUAGCUUUUGAGGCACAACAACCUUUUAAAAAACUUCACAACUGUUAGUAGUUCAUUUUCUCCUAGUCUAAAUGACUUUUGAGUUUAGCACCCUGGGAUAUAUAUUGCCUGUCCAUUCAAAUCUUCGUAUGUAAAUCAUUCGACCUAACUCCUCGUUUCAUUGUAUAAACAUGAAUGUAAGUUAAUUCUGGACGGACUCACCCGGUUAUCUUUCUAAUUGCUCCAAGUGUAAACUUGAGAACAGCUUUUUCAUACAUUGUUUAUCAUUACUACUCUUUCCUAUGUUCAACUUAGACUGAACGCCAACUAACACCACAAUUUUCUUGUUUUACAAAAAUCAGUAUUACAGUAUUGUUCGUGAUCAUAACGCCUUGGUAUGAUUUUGAUCAGUAAAUUGUGCUUGGAACAUCACCAAUAGAUUGUACUGUCACUGUUUUUCUUUUCAGAUACAAUUAUUCUAUGAUAAAACUAUGCUGUAACGCAAAGCCCAGUCCGAUGGAUCUGGGAGAUUACAUGUAGUAAAUGCUUUGCUUCAUUUAGAACGAUUGUGACCCAUGUCACCGAUACUCCCCAGACAUUGGAUCUUAGCAUCCUGAGGUCCCCAACCAAGUAGUCUAUACCUUUCCCAACAUAGCUCAAACCUGCUGCUAAAUACUCCAUCGAUUGAUGCCAGGUUCUGAAUUGACCACCUAUAACUCCCUUCCAACCCUAUUCUAUAUCAGCAAACGUGGCUUAUCGAGUCGGGCAGUGGCUCGGUGAGUGCAACAGGUGUCUUAGUCAUCCCAGUUGAUUUAGCUUCACCGAUUGAAUUCCCUUUAUCAUCUAACACCAAUGUUGUUCACAAUGCGCGAGCAUUUCUGGUCAAAGACAGCUAGUCUUUCCCACUUUCACCGGUCAUGUCUCAUAGAGCAGACUGUUGCAAUAUAUGCGUCCUUUGAUCGACAACCAGAUAUCACGUCUAUUCCGUUGAUGAUGUAAGUUGGCAGAUGCCACACGAGUCUUGUGUCCGUGCCGAGAUUUCGUCGGCAGCCAGUCCUUAAUGGGUGAUGCAACUUCAUAACUAAGUAAAGUGAUCAACGAGCUCUACCACUUCACCCCCUAUUUUCAAACUAGUAGUCCGUGCAGCAUCAUCUUACAUUUGACAGGUUUGAAUCGCAUGCUAAAUAUACCACGAUUUCUGCUGAAGGUGUUCAGGAGAUGCUGCAUUUUGUCAAAUCCUAAGUCGCUAUAGUCGACUGGGGUCAACUGUAUUAGUACAUCUAUGAUGAAAUUAGACAGAAGUAGGGGCAAUGGGCAUUCCUGACGGAUAUCACCAAUUUUCAUCAUUUCAGAUGACAACUGUACGUAACUCUAAAACCUGGGGAGGAAGUUAUCUGAAUUGAUUCCUCACCUAAACACUGUCGUUUUAAUUCAAUAUUUGUUCAUUUGCUUGUGAAAUGUGUUUUUACCAUUGAUUUUUCGUGUGUAGCAUGUUACACAUUUCUCCGUUAUGUCAAUGAUUUAUUUGGUUGAUUUCAAUUUUUAAAGGGUGAUAUUUUGAAGACGAAGACACGUGUUUUUGUGAUCUAUAUAACCUGCCUCUUGGUUAUAAUGUCUUCUUACUACGUCCAUAUAACGUAUUGUCCACCAUAUGCUUAUACUGUAUUCGCAGCAUUUGAAUAUGUUGCUAUUUUCGCCAAUGUUGCCUAUCACUAUACAGCUGCACGUAUUUAUGAAGAUAUGCCAAUUAGUGAAAUGAUUAAUUACUUUUCUACUGGUCGAACUGUCCCGUUGAUAAACAUGAAACCGAGCCUACCAUUGUACAAAUAAAUCACCAAUAAAUGCCUUUUUAUAACAAGUCUGGUGUUUGAAUGAACAGAAGUGUACUUGGGUGGAUUUGUUUCUGAGUCUGGGAAAUCUCUGUGUACGUAGCCCUGUUGUUAAUUGUAUCGCGUUAUAAUUAAAGUAUUGGUCUGCAGGGAUUUGAUUGGUUACAGGUUUUGCCAUGAGCUUACAUCACUUAGAGA